CCCAGGAGACGGGAACCCAUCGAUCCGGGAGAUGUGGGCUGCAGGCCAGACCAGCAAUAGUGUGCACAGUACCCACAAGAUCUUCCGGAGAUGCGUAGCUUCCGGUCCGUUUUUCAGUGGACCAUGAAGACGCUGGUCUUCCUGUUCGUCCCUGUGAUGACCCUCAAUAAGACGAUAAUUCGUUUAGAUACCACAGAAGAAAGAGACUGUGGCAGAUUGUACAACAUAUCGUCUGAAAACGAGGUCCGCCUAGUGGCUACCGGAAGACUUCAAUCUGGCACGUGUGCAGUGACGCUACGCAUCGACAGUCACGACGACCUGCAGUGCGAGACAAUUUGCAUUAAGAUGUCGGUUUCUCAGCUUCAUACGUGUGACGUGAAGAUGUUGUUUGUGCCUGUCACUUUCGACAAAUCGGAAGUCGUGGACCCAAAGCGUUACGAUUGUCGUAACCCUUUUCCCGCCACUUGGUGUCCGUCUGCUGACGUUUUCUACGUCAUAGUGACGGAGAGUAACCGCUACCCCCGGACAAGGGAGAACCUGUAUCGGUUCGACGUCGAUCUGACCCCUCACUGCGUAGCCAGAAAGGAUAGAACGAAGGAACGCGAGGCUCAAAUCUCGCACAAGUACACCGUGGAGAAGAGUGCCCGGGAACGCUGGAUCUACAUAGAGGGAAUCGUCGUCAGUAUAUGCCUCGCUUCCAUUUUUCUGGUGGCGCUGAUCGUCUUCUUCUGCUACUACAGGGCUCAGAAGUCCAGCGGUCCGCCGCGCUGCGAGAUUUCCAAGUCUUCUAGCAGAGAACCAAUUCUUUCUGCGGUAAAAUCUAAGUUACCGUUCCGGUCUCACAAACGAAAGAGCCAAGGCACAGCAAGAUCUUCUGAGAGCUAUCAUAAAAUCGCUGACUCGGACCAGAGCUAUAAACCGGAAGUGGAAGUGAGUGACAUAAUGCAGGACCGCACUGACUCGGCGUCGACGCUUGUGAUAGGACAAGAUCCAAAACGGAUCGCAGAAAAUCAAGUUUAGCAAAAACAGUUUUGGUUUAUGCUAUUGCAUAUUUUAUGGACCCUAUGAUUUUUUGGAAAUGUCUUAAAAGUAUUAGAUACACCGGAUGCAAGUACAUGUAUUGCUUGGUCUGUGGUUGUUUAUCUUUAAAUAACUUUUGUCAUUGUAGAAUCUCUUGGUAGUUAAUUUUUGUUUCCUCGGGGGGGGGGGGGGGGGUCUUUUUGGUUUUUUUAAUGUUAAGUUUUUAAGAUGCUUACAGGAAUAUAUGACGUUUUUCAUGUAACUUUACAAAUCUUGUGUCUUUUAUUGAAGAAACCCAAUAUUUAUCUUUUUUUUUGAUUUGAUAAAAACAAUUUAUAUUAA